AUGACCUCGCCAUUGCAACAGUUCAGGCUUAGCCCUGACCUGUGGUCUUGGCCGGUUACCCCUGGUGUUGCUGGGGCAGGUAGUUGGAUACAACUUCCAACUACGGCCUUGACAAGGAAGGAACAGGUGUUCAUCGAACGAGUCUGGAAAGCAUUCGUUGUUAACUUCGAACGCGCACAUAAGCGUGAACUUUCCAAUAUUCGACCAGCUAAGAUCUUCGCUGGUUGGCUCAUCAAGUGUGGUCAUAAUCAGGCGUAUAUUGCACAACAGAUGAAGUUACUCUCUCUGUUCUAUCGUCACCUCGCGUGCGGUACUCAAUCUACAGUGCGACCCGAAUUGCCAAGUGCCUUUAUAAAAUGGCUUCGAGGUCACGUUUGCUGUAAAGAACAGUACGCACAUUUGGCAAGUAUAGCAAGCUACCUGCCUUCCUACAAGCUGAUUUAUGCUCCCGUCACAGCAUUGGGCGAGCCAAUUCGAUUCCUAUACAGUUAUGCUGGCAUCGAAUUUGUGGAUGAACGUUUCAAUGAAGAAGAUUGUCCAAAACUAAAACCGACUAUGCCAUUCGGCAAGGUACCCGUGCUUGAAGUAGACGGAAAGAAGAUCGAUCAGUCCGUAGCUAUUUGCCGUUACUUGGCGAAGCAAUGUGGUCUUGCCGGCAAAAACGAUUGGAAGUCUCUGGAAAUUGAUGCGACCGUCGACACCAUACACGAUUUACGUGUCAAUAUCGCUGGUUUCUACUAUGAGAGUAACGAACAGGUUAAAGAAGAGAAACUUAAAGCUGCCAAAGAGACGGUGCCGUAUUAUUUGGAACGUUUGGACGCUCAGGUGAAGAAAAAUGGUGGUUAUUUUGUCGGUACUCUGACGUGGGUCGAUAUCACUUUCGUCGCUCUUUUGGACUACUUGAACUACAUGAUGAAUGAGGACAUCGUCGAGAAGUAUGAGAAACUGAAACAACUACAAAAGAAGGUUGAGGAAUUACCGGCCAUCAAGAGCUGGAUCAAGAAACGUCCGUCGACCAUGUUUCAGAAAUAAUUUGGAUAAUUUCAUAAAGUAAUGGUUUAUUUUUCGACAAAAUUAUAAUUAUUAUUCGUUGACGUUUGAUUUGAAUAAAAUAUUGAUUUCCUCUUUUCGGGAAAUCAAGUUUAUAUUCAUGUACGGCAAGCAUGUAUAAGAGAUUCAGAAAAUACGCAAUGGAGAUACAAGUGUAUAUUUUAUCAAUCGUUGAAGGCUUGUUGCAUGUAUCGUCACAUAUGGCAUCAAGGCGCUCUGCUAAGCUUUAUCUUCAGUCGGAAGUUUUGAAACCGUAUAGUCAUUGACCGAUGACAUUUAAACGUGUAUUUGAAAAAUAUACACAAAUAUUGCUUGAGUAUCUUGCGUGUUUUGCGUUAUCUAAAAAUGGAUAACCAGAACGAGCAUUUUCGGCAUAUUAUGCUUUUUUAUUUUAAACAAGGCAAAAACGCGGCUAAAACCUGUAAAAAGAUUUGUGCAGUAUAUGGUGAGGAUGCCGUAAAAGAACGCGUAUGCCAAAAGUGGUUUGCGAGAUUUCGUUGCGGACAUUUUUCC